AUGGCUCCUUUCAGAGAGUUAAUGAGUCCUAAUUUUAAAAGCAGGCAGACUGGGACAGGACUAACAUGUGGCAACGUGGUAACAAAGCAAAGGGAGACCACAGCAGCAUCCCCAAACACACAUGACAACUACUUCUUCGGAGAACUCUCUGGUGGAGAGUCCUCACACAAAAGUGGUACUCAAAAUCAGAAUGGCAGAAGCCAACCAGGUUACAGUCCCGGAGUGUGGAAACUGGUGGCCAAGUUCCAGAGCAACCCACAGCAGAGCUACUCUGCAGAGUUUGAGGUUAAAGAAUAUGUACUGCCCAGUUUUGAGGUGAAAAUUACACCUCAGAGCUCCUUCUUCUAUGUGGAUGAUCAGGAGCUCACCAUCAUCAUCAAAGCUACGUAUCUGUUUGGUGAAGAGGUGGAUGGGACAGCUUAUGUAGUAUUUGGGAUUACGCAUGAGGGAGAAAAAAGGAGCCUUCCUCGCUCUCUUCAGACAGUAUCAGUCGACAGAGGUAACGGACAGGUCACACUGAAGAGAGAGCACAUCACAGAGACCUUCCCAAACAUUCUCGAACUGGUGGGGGGUUCCAUUUAUGUAACUGUCAGUGUGCUGACGGAGACCGGUACUGAAAUGGUGGAGGCAGGGCUUAGUGGUAUCCAGCUUGUCACAUCACCUUACACCAUCCGCUUUAAAAGAACGCCCAGAUAUUUCAAGCCAGGAAUAUUUUUUGAUGUAGUGAUUGAAGUUUUGAAUCCAGAUGAAACUCCAGCAAAAAGUAUUCCAGUGGUGGUUGAGCCAGGCCCUGUUAACAGCCUCACUGCAGACAAUGGCAUGGCAAGACUUACCAUCAAUACAGAGGCAAGGAGUCCAAUACUGAGAAUCACUGCAAGGACCAAUGAUCCUCGUAUUACACAGGGAAGACAAGCAUCAGCCACCAUGGAAGCUCACCCAUAUACUACCAAGAGCAACAGCUACAUCCACAUCAGUGUUGAUACAGCAGAGCCUCAGUUAGGAGACAACCUGAAAAUCAACCUCAUCUUCAACAAGCAGUCAGCUCAAGACACUGAUAUCACAUACCUGAUCCUGAGCAGAGGUCGGCUGGUGAAACAUGACCGUUACAAGACAAAGGGUCAACCAAGUGAGGAAGAUGACAGCAGUUUCAUGGACAGCAAUGAAAUUGUAUCUCGCACCCAGUUCCCUGAGAGUUGGCUGUGGCAGGAUAUCAAACUGCCUGCUUGCUCUCCACAGCAACCGAACUGUGACACCACAUCACUUGUGAAAACUGUUCCGUUACAAGACUCAAUCACAACCUGGCAGUUCACUGGCAUCAGUCUGUCAAGAACUAAAGGAAUCUGUGUUGGAGAUCCAUUAGAGGUAAUUGUUCGGAAGAAUUUCUUCAUUGACCUCAGACUGCCCUACGCUGCUGUCCGUGGAGAGCAGAUAGAAAUCAAGGCAAUCCUCCACAACUACAUCCUAAAUGAUGUCAGCCCUGAAGGUGUACUGGUUAAAUCUCUUAAGGUUAUAACUCUUGACCCAGCUAAUAAAGGUGUAGGUGGUAAACAAGAAGAAACUAUCAACAGUGGAAUUCCUAUGAAAGACUUGAUUCCAAACACACCUACUAGUACACACAUCUCUGUGACAGGGAGAGAAAAUGUUGCUCCGCUGGUGGAGAAUGUCAUUAGUGGCACAUCAAUGGGUAGUCUGAUUGUUCAGCCAACAGGCUUUGGUGAGCAGACCAUGAUCGGCAUGACCCUGCCUGUCAUUGCAACCACAUAUUUGGACGGAACCAACCAGUGGGAAACUGUGGGCUUUCAGAGACGUAAUGAAGCCAUCCAACACAUCAAAACCGGCUACACCAGACAGCUUGGGUAUCGUAAACCAGAAGGGUGUUUUUCUGUGAUUACCUUUCGCGCCUGCAGCUCCUGGCUGACAGCAUAUGUUGUCAAGGUGUUUGCCAUGGCCUACGAUCUGGUGGAUAUAGACAAUGAUGUGAUCUGUAAUGCUGUCAAGUAUUUGAUUCUCAACACACAACAACCUGAUGGCAUGUUUAGAGAGCUUGGUAAUAGUCUGCCAGGCAGUAUAGACAGAGCAGUGGCCUACUUGGAGAAGCGUCUGCCCAGCCUCACCAACCCAUAUGCUGUUGCCAUGACAUCAUAUGCCCUGGCCAAUGAAAACAAACUGAACCGGGAGAUCCUCUACAAGUUUGUCUCCCCAGAUUUGUCCCACUGGCCUCUACCUAAGGGACAUGUUUACACAUUGGAGGCCACAGCUUAUGCUCUUCUUGCUCUGGUCAAGGCCAAGGAGGACAGCACAGUCUUCACCAGACUGACUGACAGCAGAAAUGUACUGGAUAAAAAUAAUUUUCAUUUCAACGAUAUAAACCAGGAUGUAAAUGUGACUGCUACAGGAAAAGGACAAGCAACACUGACAAUGGUCGCAGCGUAUUAUGUUUUGCCUCAAGAAAAAGACAGUGACUGUCAGAAGUUUGGCCUUACUGUGCAGCUCCUCCCAGAGAAAAUGGAUCAGAGUGAGGAAGUAUACAACCUGAGAAUAUAUGUUUUGUAUAAGGACAAGGAGCGUGAUGCAUCCAUGUCGGUCUUGGAUAUUGGCUUGCUCACUGGCUUCACUGUCAACAUAACUGACUUGGACUUAUUGUCUAAAGGACGUGCCCGUAUCAUUUCAAAAUAUGAGAUGGACACACUUCUCUCAGAAAAAGGCUCACUCAUCAUCUACCUGGACAAGGUUUCUCACACACGACCAGAGGAGAUUAGUUUUAGGAUCCAUCAGAAGAUGAAAGUGGGUGUCUUACAGCCAGCUGCUGUGUCUGUCUAUGAAUAUUAUGACCAAAAACGCUGUGUGAAAUUCUACCAUCCAGAGAGGAGAGCUGGACAGCUGAAGCGGCUCUGUAGGAAUGAUGAAUGCAUAUGUGGCGAAGAGAACUGCAGUAUACAAAAGUUCAAAGUCAGAAACACUUACCGUAGUGAAAAGGUUUGUGAGAUCACAUCGACCAGCAAAACAGAUUUUGCAUACAAAGUAAGAGUGGAGAAUUAUACAGAGGGCUUGUCCACUGACACUUACCAAGUGCGAAUAGUGAACGUUAUUAAAGAAGGAAGUCUUGAUGUGGACCUUCUGGGCAAAGUGCGCACAUUUCUCAGUCAUCCUCACUGCAGGGAAGCUGUAGAUAUGAGAAAAGACAAAACUUACCUCAUCAUGGGCACAUUCAAAGAUGUUUAUAGAGAUGACCAAACAUUCUCAUAUCAGUACAUGCUCGGUGGGAGAACCUGGAUCGAGUACUGGCCCACAGAGGAAGAGUGUCAAGAUGAGGAGCACAGACCCACCUGCUUGGGUAUAGUGGAAAUGAUCCAGCAGUACUCAGUCUCUGGAUGUCAACAAAAGUAAAACUCAAGGAGAUAAAAAUGUUCUUUUCAAAUUGUUUGACUUUGAAUUGUCCUUGUUGUGUAAAACAUUCACUACUAUGAGAUAUAUGGGAUUCAGAAGAUAAAGUUUUACAUUGCUGAAUAAAAUGUUAC